ACAUCUACUUCAGCUUCCUUUCACUCUUUUCUCCUCUCUUUCACUUGUCACUUUCCACUCCCCCUUUCUCUAUGGCCGCGCAGGCGGCGCCAUCAAAGUAUUAGUGUAACCCAUAAUUUCAGCCCUUUCCAUUUCCAAAUCUGAUCAAAAUUCAAAACCAGCACUUGUAUUUUAUUAUUCCAAAUAAUAAAUGGGUACUUACGAUUCAGCUACUUCCACUGGAAGCAGCAGUGGAAGCUCUUCCUGUUCGGCAACCAAACCACCCGCUGGCAUCGAUGGGUUACUUGCCGGAGCUGGUUACAAGGUUCGAUCUUCCGAGCUCCGUCAGGUGGCUCAGAGCCUUGAACGACUUGAACCCGUCAUGAUCAACUCUCCCGCUGAUAUCUCCGUUCUCACCUCUGAUACCGUCCAUUACAAUCCCUCCGAUCUCGCCUCCUGGGUUGAGACUCUCUUAUCCGAAUUUAACCAGCCCGUCACUGUACCAACCGAUCUACCGGAAAUUCCCCAUCUAAUGGCUGGCUCCGACCCGGCGCCAAAUCCAACGGUGGUGGAUAAUUACUUGGCCGACAGAAUAAUUCCGUCUCAACCGCAUGAGCAUAGUAUUCCUCCGCAACAGCAGCAGUUGAUGGUGGUUACAGCUAUGGAAGAAGAUUCUGGAAUAAGACUGGUACAUAUGUUGUUGACUUGUGCAGAGUUAGUGCAACAUGGAGAGCUGGCAUUGGCUGGUUCCCUCUUUGAAGAAAUGAAGGGCCUGCUAAUUCAUGUUAACACCGGCUGCGGAAUCGGUAAAGUGGCUGGGUACUUCAUCGACGCGUUGAGCCGCCGGAUUGUCGGAGUCGGUGGCUCCGUCUGCAGUUCCACUUACGAACAUGAGAUUUUAUAUCAUCACUUCUACGAGGCCUGUCCUUACUUAAAAUUCGCUCAUUUCACCGCUAAUCAGGCGAUUUUAGAAGCUUUCGACGGUCACGAUUGUGUCCACGUUAUUGAUUUUAAUUUGAUGCACGGUUUGCAAUGGCCGGCAUUGAUUCAGGCAUUGGCUUUGCGUCCAGGUGGGCCUCCCUUGUUACGUUUAACCGGCAUUGGCCCACCGUCACCGGACGGGCGUGACUCUCUCAGAGAAAUCGGCUUGCGGCUUGCGGAAUUGGCGCGGUCCGUGAAUAUCAGGUUCGCUUUUCGUGGCGUUGCUGCUUCGCGCCUGGAGGAUGUGAAGCCGUGGAUGCUCCAGGUUAGCCCAAAGGAAGCCUUGGCGGUCAACUCAAUCAUGCAGCUGCAUAAACUACUCCGUUCGGACCCCGUCCGGAAUUCACCAAUAGAAACGGUACUGGGUUGGAUCCGAAGCUUGAACCCGAAAAUCAUGACAGUAGUUGAGCAAGAAGCGAAUCAUAACCAACCCGAAUUCUUGGACCGGUUCACUACGGCUUUGUACUAUUACUCAACCAUGUUUGACUCACUGGCGGCUUGUUCGCUUCAGCCGGAGAAGGCCAUGGCGGAGAUUUAUAUACAGAGAGAGAUAUGUAACGUUCUGUGUUGCGAGGGAGCAGCUAGAGUGGAGAGGCACGAGCCACUGACAAGGUGGCGGACACGGCUUGCGGAAGCCGGUUUUAGGCCGUUACAUCUGGGAUCUAAAGCGUUUAGGCAAGCCAGUAUGCUUCUCACGCUUUUCUCGGCGGUGGGAUAUCGGGUUGAGGAAAAUGAAGGGUUUUUGACGCUGGGUUGGCACAACUGCCCUCUCAUCGCGGCUUCGGCUUGGCAACUAAAGCCGGAUCCCAACAUUAAUCAGCUCCUCAAUUAUAGUAAUAAAUAAUGUAAAUAUGAAUUAUGCUCUUUGUAUUUACCAGUCUUUUUUAAAUCAGGCCAGUUAUUUUAUUA